AUGGGUAAAAUGUUAACUGGCAAAAGAAAAGUCUUAUCUUCAGGUCUUGUCGCUGUAGAAACUUUCUUAGGAUGGACCUUAAUGGGUAAGGUACCACAGGAAGAAUCUUCGGAAGAAAACUUAACGAUAACAGUGCUGUCCUUAUUUGUAAAUGAAGCUGAAAUCACAAAUUUAUGGAAAUUAGAUUCAAUUGGAAUCAAUGAUCCUGUUGAGAAAAAAUCUAAGAACGAGAUUGAUCUUCGGACCAAGGAGCAUUUUUUAGAAACGGUAACAAUUAAUAAAGAUGGUCGAUAUGAGGUUUGUUUACCAUGGUCUGAUGAUAAGUCACCUUUGCCCGACAACUUGGAUUUGGCGAGGAAAAGGCUCGACUACACUACCUCAAAACUUAUAGCUAUAAAUAUGUAUGACAAAUAUGAAAAUAUUCUUCUAAAUUGGUUAGAUGAAGACAUAAUAGAGGAAGUUCCGACCAACGAAAUGAACUCCUAUGGUAAUUAUUUACUUCACCGUGCAAUGAUAAAACUAAGCAGCAGCACUACUCCAAUUCGUCCGGUGUUUGACGCUUCAGCGAGAUUAGCAAAUUAUCCAUCUUUGAAUCAGUGCUUGGAAUGUGGUCCUAAUCUCAUUGAGCUUAUUACAAAUAUUCUUCUUCGAUUCAGAGAGGGACAGCUUGUCGUUAUAGCUGACAUCAUGAAAGCUUUUCUGCUAAUUAGUAUUCGUAAAGAGGAUAGAGACUUCCUUCGGUUUUUGUGGUGGGAAAAUAGAGAAGAAAAGAAAUUGAGUGUUUUUCGUCACACAAGAGUUGUUUUUGGGGUAAAAUGUAGCCCUUUUCUUUUAGCUUCAGUAAUUGAGUACCAUAUUCAAAAAUGUGAAGGAUUUGAAAAAUCUUUGAAGAAAAAACUUUUGGAGAGUUUCUACAUUGAUAAUGUCGUUACUAGUGUCGACAGUAAAGACCAAUUAGAUCGAUUCAUCGACAAUUCUAAAACCUUGAUGGCAAAAGGUGGUUUCGAUCUUAGAGAAUGGGAAUGGUCUGGCGUCUGUGAAACUAAUUCAAAGGAAGAAACUCAGGUAUUAGGUCUUAUUUGGAAUAAGAAAUUAGACACUUUGAAAAUUAACAUGAAAUGGCUGGAUGACAUUAAUGUGGAAAAAGUAACUAAAAGGAGUAUGUUAUCUACAGUACAUAAAGUAUUUGAUCCUUUUGGAUUCACUGCACCAGUGAUGCUUUGUCCAAAAAUAAUGCUACAAAAGGCAUGGAAAUUAGGUACAAGUUGGGAUGAAGAAAUAACUGGUGAGCUUCGUAAAGAAUUUCUACAGUGGUUUCAAGAACUUAAGCAUUUGUCUGACAUACAGAUUCCUAGGUGUGUUCAAGCAUCUUCAAAAGAUAUAAGUAACUGCACUAUUCAUACGUUUGUUGAUGGAAGCAAAGAUGCAUAUGCUGCUGUUACAUACCUUAGAAUAGAAAAUAAUGGUCGAAUCGCGCUAUUUCUACUUGCAGCGAAAUCUCGAGUGGCUCCUUUAAGAGGCACAACUAUCCCAAGAAUGGAACUUUUUGCGGCGGUGAUUGGAGCGAGGCUAGCGAAUUUAGUUGUUGAAGCUCUUGGUUGGAAAAAUGUUACGAUAUAUUACUGGAGUGAUUCUACAACAGUGCUUGCAUGGAUAUUACGGGAAGAAAAUUGGUCUGUCUUCGUUAGGAAUAGAGUCCAAGAGAUAAGGGAGUUGAGUAAUCCUACAUGA